AUUUACAAAGCAGGAAAACCGCGUUUUGAUGUGAAACGCAUUGCUACUUAAUCCGGAAAGUUGAUUGCAUUCAUUUCACGAAGACAAUUCAGCAAAGUGCAGCUAAAAUGGUUUUUAAGCGUACAAUCCUUUUUUUGGCUCUGGGUUUAUCUUUCUGCCAGACGGAAUCAAAAUACCUUCUCCAUCCGAAGUUCAGAGGAAUGAUUAUGGAGAACAGUUUUGACGAGGCAUCAGGUCGGUGUCAAUAUUUGGACCACCGCUAUGAUGAAGGACAAGUCAUGGUUCCAGAUGACAAAUGCAACUACCAGUGCACCUGUUACGUGUCUGAAUACUUUGUCGGAUUUCUGUGCGAGCCAUUGUGUCAUAGAUACAUUGACUACGUUGACUGCAUGCCAGGAUAUGAGAUGAAAAGUCGCAGGGUACCUGCUGGGCCUUCAGAGUUUGGAUGCGAGUGCAAAGUGUUAGAGUGUGUUCCAUCCUUCGAUAUCGAGUCAUUUCUCAACUCUCGAAAAUUACAAGGGAUGUAACUCUCUCAUGUGCAAGAGUGUAGUUUUGACAUUGGUAAACCCUAAGCAACCGAAGAAAGAAACGUUUUUGUAUCCCCAUUUAUCGAUAAGGAACUCGUUAUAUCUAAAAAAAAAAAAACUAAUGACUCCUCCCUAUUGACAGUCAUUUCUCUAUGAUCCCUCCUUUAUACCCUGUUAGCGAUGACUGAUGCCCCCCACCUUUCCCCCCUGACAAAUAUGCGAUCUCCCAA